AUGAACAAAAAACACAAAAGGCUUUACGAACGAAUUGAGUUCGGCCGCAAGCGCAAAGAACAGCGAGCGGAGACACUCAAAGCGAAGCGAAUGGCGCUGCAGCAGAAGAAGAAGGAGCUAAUGCGAGGAACCGUCCUGCGCAGGCUUGUGCUGAACCCCCCCAUGAGCAGCGAGGGGGCCCCCUGGGGCUUUUCCUCCCAUUCUGCUGCUUAUGCUGAUCCCUACUGCAGCAACCGCAGCAGCAGUGAACUGUAUUCUUUCUCUCCUCCUUUGAGUGUAUCCCCCUGUGGGGUGGCGUCUGUUGUUUAUAAAGAAGGCCCGGACCCAUUUCCAUCGAGACCCCCCUGGGCAGUCUCAUGGGGCCCCACAUGGCAGCCGGUAGGGGGGCCCCCAGGAGGGGCCCCCUGGGGGCCCCCCUGGGGGGCCCCUGGGGAGCCCCGCUCCCCCAACCGUCUUGCAGAUCAGUUGGGUUUUAAGCAACAGAAGCAUCGUACAAAGAAAAGUAGAAUGAGAUCUCCUAGGCGUUCAUACCCUAUUGACUUGCAUGCAGAUAUAAAUAACAAUCCUAAAGAACAGCUGCGGAAGCAACGGAUUCUCACCCUUGAUGAAUUGCUGCAGCCCUGCUGGCCUCCGCCGUCUCCGACGCUGCUGCAGCAGCAGCAGCAGCAGCAGAGGUCGUUACCGUGUACUGACUGCUACCACAAUGAGUGUUCGGGCCAUCACUCAGGCAGCACAACCUGUGCUGCUGCUGCUGCUGCUGCUGCCGCUGCUGCGGCUGCUGCUACCCACUGCAUUCCCAAGAGGGAGAGCCCCAUGACUGAAGAUCAAUAUCACAUUUUGCUGCAGCACCUCAGGCACUUAUCCGGCCAUUCCGGGCCUGCUCUCUUUCAAACAGAGAACGCGCAGCAGCAGCAACAGCAGCAGCAGUUGGCGCCGCAGCAGCAGAAGCAAGUUGCCGCGCUACUGCAGGAGCAACCUAUAAGCCUACUCACAGAGGAGCAGCUGAAAGAAGCAGCGCAGCUCUACUUGCAGCAGCGAAUGGGGAUACAGCAGCAGACAACGCAGCAGCAGCAGCAGCAGCAGCAGCAGCAGCAGCUAGUGCAGCAGCAGCAGCAGCUGCAGCAGCAACAGUUACAGCAGCAACAGCUGCAGCAGCAACAGUUGCAGCAGCAACAGCUGCAGCAACAAAUUCCGCAGGGUACAAUAGCAGCAGUUGGCCUCGAUGGUAGCAGCUUGCCUCGAAUCCAACAGCAGCUGCAGCAGCAACAAAUCCAGCAGCAGCAACUGCAUCAGCAACAGCUGCAGCAGCAGCAGCAACAGCUGCAGCAGCAGCAGCAACUGCAUCAGCAACAAUUACAGCACCAGCAGCAGCAGCACCAACGGUUGCAGCAGCAGCAGUUGCAGCAGCAGCAACUGCAACAGCAAGUGCAGCAACAACAGCUACUCCAGCAGCAACAGCUCUUUCAGCAGCAACAACUACUGCACCAGCAGCAGCAACAACAACACCAGCUGGAGCAGCAGCAACAGCGGCAGCAGUCGCUCAGCUGGUCUCAGUUGCAGCCUCAGCAGCAACAGCAGCAGCAGCAGCUUCAGCAUCAGCUUUCCUCUAGCAGCAGUGUGCAGCAGCAGCGCAGCAGCAGCGGGGCCUUAGGAGACAGCAACCAGUGGGGCCCCCGCCGCAGCGAGAGUUUGCUGCAGGCGCUGCAACAGGGGGGCCCCCCUGAAACAAACAACAAUAAAUUCGAUCCUGUAGCGGAGCAACACGGGCGUGUGCAGGAAGACGCAAAGCGACAAAGCACGCAGAAAAACCACUUGGGGCCUCUCAAGGAGAAGAAAAAAGAAUGGGAAUGA